CGCAGGGAUCUGUGCUGUGCUGAGGCUGAGCUGAAUGAGAUUGAAGAAGAGUUCUUCUUGUUUUGUAGCUUCAGUUUCUCUGUUUUUACACAAAUUUGACUAAAACUAAACAUAAAAUACGGCAACAAAGCAGAGGCGUGCGGGAAGGAGGCGGCCCGGCUCUUUGUACGCUGUUAUUCCACCGUGGAUCGGCUUCUUAUAGAUAUAUAUUUAAUUAAUCUAGAGGAGGACUGCUGCUGAGGCAGCACAGAGGGGUGGAGUCCAGUCCCACAGCCAGGUGCGGCACUUUAAUGCUUCAGUUGGAUGGUUUUCCUACUGGAGACAGUGUUAAGGCUGAUCGAUCGGCUGGCAGACUGACUGGAUCCAUGAUGGAAUUACAGACGUUACAGGAGGCUCUGAAGGUGGAGAUCCAGAUCCAUCAGAAACUGGUUGCCCAGAUGAAGCAGGACCCUCAGAAUGCAGAUCUGAAGAAGCAGCUCCACGAACUUCAAGCAAAGAUCACAGCACUCAGUGAGAAGCAGAAAAAGGUGGUGGAGCAGCUGAGGAAGGAGCUGCUGGUGAAGCAGGAGCCAGAGGCCAAGCUGCAGCUGCAGGUCCAAACUCCUCCAGUAGGUGGCGACAUCAAACCAGCCAACCUGCUGCAGAGCCAGCAGAUACCUGGAGGACUGCAGCAGACGCUGACGGUCACACCAGUCCUCACCACGAAGACUCUACCUCUGGUGCUGAAAGCUGCCGCCACUCCUGCCCUGCCCGGCUCCGUCCUGCCACAACGCCCGGCCACUGUCGCUAUGGUAACCACAGCUAUCACCAAACAGGACUCGCAGAACGCUCCCAUCAACCUGCAGGUGGCCAGCAAGCUGACCAACCAGAGCUCAGAGCCUGUGCGGCUGGUAUCCAAAAACGCCAUGGUGGUGCAGGCCACCACCACCACCACCACCUCCGCCCAGCCAAUCAAAGUUCCUCAGUUUGUCCCUCCUCCUAGACUGACGCCUCGACCCACCUUUCAGCCACAGGUCAGGCCCAAACCGGCCACACCCACCAACAUCCCCAUUGCCCCGGCCCCUCCCCCGCCCAUGAUGGCGGCCCCCCAGCUGCUCCAGAGGCCCGUCAUGUUGGCCACCAAGCUGUCGUCAUCCCUGCCCUCGGCGGCCCCCAUCCAUCAGGUGCGCAUCGUGAACGGACAGCCCUGCAGUAAGACCGGCUCCACCCCCCUGACGGGGAUCGUCAUCACCACGCCCGUCUCUGCCGCACCCACCCGCCUCGGCAGCCCUGCCCAGGCACCCAACCCCUCUACCAUCCCCAACCCGACUCCCGCCCAGCCGAUCCAGAUCAGCAGCCUGACACCUGAGCCCAAGCAGACUGUUAAAUCAGGAGGCGGAGCUGAGCCGAAGACCGUUGUCAGCCUCCCCUCUUCCUCCACCCCUCCGUUGUCUCCAGCUCCCAGACCCAAGAAAGAGGAGAACCCAGAGAAACUGGCCUUCAUGGUGUCUUUGGGGCUCGUAACACACGACCAUUUGGAAGAAAUCCAGAGCAAAAGACAGGAGCGAAAGAGGAGAACAACGGCCAACCCGGUUUACAGCGGAGCUGUGUUUGAACCUGAGGUACACACACACAACACCUGUGAGAGGAAAAAGAGUGCAGUGAGUUACCUGAACAGCCCUCUGCACCAGGGGACCAGGAAGAGAGGUCGCCCACCCAAAUACAGCAGCGUCCCGGAGCUGGGCAGCCUCACCCCGACCUCCCCCUCCAGCCCCGUCCAUCCCCUCCCCCUGCCCAGCCCCAGCUCUGGGGAUGGAGACAUCCAUGAGGAUUUCUGCACUGUGUGCAGACGCAGUGGCCAGUUGCUCAUGUGCGACACGUGUUCUCGUGUUUAUCACCUGGACUGCCUGGAUCCACCCCUGAAAACCAUUCCUAAAGGCAUGUGGAUCUGUCCAAAAUGUCAAGAUCAGAUCCUGAAAAAAGAAGAAGCCAUUCCCUGGCCCGGGACCCUGGCUAUCGUUCAUUCCUACAUCGCCUACAAAGAAGCUAAAGAGGAGGAGAAACAGAAACUGAUGAAGUGGAGUUCUGAACUGAAACUGGAGCGAGAGCAGCUGGAACAGAGAGUCAAACAGCUGAGCAACUCGAUAACAAAAUGCAUGGAGACCAAAAACACCAUCCUGGCUCGUCAGAAAGAAAUGCAGCUUUCCCUGGACAAAGUCAAACACCUGAUUCGCCUCAUCCAAGCCUUCAACUUCAACCAAGCUCUGGCAGAGACGGAGGGUAAAGAAGUCAGUGCCAGAGUCCAGGACAGUGCUGAAGGUGCGCUCGGCUCUGAAGCUGCACCAGAAGCCAACUCUGUAGAGAAAGUGAAAGCUGCAAGCUCAUCAGAAAACAGCAGCAUUGAUGGAAAUGACAAACAAGAGCAGCAUGCAGCCACCGGCAGCAACCAGACAGCAGCAGCAGGAGGAGACACUGACGGCCAGCCUGUCCUGGAAGACGGUCUGGUCCAGGCAGCAGAUACCAGCCCCGAUGUAGGGGCAGGGGGUAAGGCCAAGCCUAGUGUAGGGGCAGGAGGAGGGGGAGGGGGUAACACAGAGACUGGUCUACAGGCUGAGGUUAUGGCCAAGCCUGAGACAGCUCCAAUGGUUGACAUUCCAGCUGCCACAGCGGCCGCGACUGUUGCCACCACCAAUGGUACGGCAGAGCCGGCCUGCCCUGACCGCAGCCCCGGAGGAGACUGCACCACUAACACCACCACCAACUCUGAGAACAAGAUGGCUGCCGUCAAUUCUCCAGAGACAGCGGUGGAGAAGAAACAGGAGGAGGUCACUGACAGUGACGGCAGCAACACCAACAACAGCAAAACCUCAGAACCCUCCCAGCAUUCUUUGCCAGCUCUUGUCAGCAGUUUGGACAAUAAAAAGUAAUGCUAUGUCUCUUCAGUUGCGGGAAUUCAAACAUAUAUAUUAAAAAAAAAAGACAUUUGCUUGCACCGUACGGUGCCCUGAAGUUGCCAAUCUGUAUAAAUGUUGUUUGUUUGCAUUGUAUUGUCAGACUGUGUCAAUGGUAGAUAUACAGCCCACGUCACAUGACUCUGGGAAGAAGUAGGCUAAUGGCCCACAGAGCUGGGGACAGGACGGCCUACGUACCAGUGUCAUCAUGCCAAUUAGUGAUAGACGUCAGUGGUGGGAAAGCUCAAAGGGAGAUUUAAUUCAUCAUCACACCAGUGUGUGCCUGUUAUAGUGGCCCCUGUGUUCUCUUGUGGGGUGGGGAGAUGGGUUCACAUGGGUAGGAAGACAACCGAGAACAUGGAACCAAACAUCUGUCAGGGGUUACUGGUAUAAAAAGCAGUGUUGUGACAGAGUGCUGAGAAGAACCUGUUCAUCCCCUUGUCCCAUUGAACUUAAUGUGAACAACCUUUAACUUCUGCAAUCCCACAACCCUGAUCUCCUAAACCUCCAGUCCCAAACCUUCAUUAACCUAAGCCCUAAUCCAUGAUCCCAACCCCCCCUGUCAAUAACAAACCCUGUUUCUCCAGAUCUUACACCAACUUCCCAUCAACCUACUAUGUAAACGGUCUUCAGUCAACUAAAAAACAUUAGUGACAAUAGCAGUAACUUUCUUCCCAGUCCUCCAUCAAUCCAACGUGAAUCCACUGGGAUUCAUUGUGCGUCAAACAAACUAAUUUAUACAAAAUAUUGUCUUGAAUGCCCACCCUCACAGGCAGAGUGAAAAGCCUGUUGUGGUUAAGGGGAGUGAGAUGAGAUGGUGAUGUGCUCACUUUCAAUCCUAGUACCUUGUUGGAUUGUUGAUUUCGGAAAGUUAUUAAAACUUGACAGGUGCAGUCGUCCCCACAGUUGCAAUGUCAGAAAGGUCUGGGUUGUCUAGAUUAAUUAAACAAGCACUUCAUUUGAAGGAUUCAUGCAUCUUUAAACCAUUGUCCCUAGCUUUCAACCAAUCACCUCAAUCAAUCAUCAACCAAUGACCGGAACCUCUGCAAUAGACCAAUAUUAAUCCCAGUGGCUAAAACCUGAACGUACGUUUCCCUCAACACCAAUGAUCCACUGUGACCUACAUAUUGAACCCCAACAACCCACCUGCACCACUCUAACCCACUGAGUUUUAAGCACAGAUUAAGUACAACAGCUCAAACCCUUUCCCAGCAGCCCUCCCCCACCCACCUCCCCUGCAUAUGGACUAGUUCAUACAAAGUCCUGUCUGAACACAUGUACGCAGUUCCUAACGGCUUAAACACCUUCACACACUUUGCCAAUUGCUGAAUGAAGUGGGAAAUAUUGUUUUUGAAAAAGUUGUCAUAACAAUUAUUACAUUAUAACAAUCUUACCUGACCUCCAUGUUGAACCACAACAACCUGACUUAACCCUAUCCUAAUGAAUUCACAACCAAUGACUAAAACAUUCUCUUAUUAAUCCCACUUUACCCUAAUGAACCCUAACUUUCCCAUCAACCAAUGACUUAAAGUUUUCAGUCAACAGAAAAACAUAAUCCUUCCUAUCAACCAAUAGCAGUGAUCUGGCCAUAGUGACUAAAACUGGAGAUUAAUUUCCCUAGUCCAGCAACAAUCCAAUCUAACCCCGUCUAAACUCACUUCCCUCAGCGUCUCCAGUCAACCCAAACCUAUUGAGGUUCAAACAGACAGAACAUUAUUAAUAUGUGCAUCUGAACCUCUUUAAACUAACCUGACUUUAAAACCAGCCCAAUCAUCUUACCUUCUCCAGUUUGUCAACAAUGACCUUCUGGACCCCUGACAACCCUCACCUGAUAAACAGAAGACUCAGCCCUCUUCCAGUUGAAACAAUGAUCAAACAACCCCUACCAACAACAACCCCACUUACCCUCCCCACACCCAUCUCUUCCCCACCUGUAUCCCUGAGCUCAGGCAGAAAAGACGCUGAGCGUCGUGUUCAGCAGGUACGGAGGACGAGGUCGAACAGGCGCAGUAGCCUAACAGAUGUUUUCAGUGGUGUCGGUCAAGUGUAGUGAUUGAGUUUUCAUUCGUGAUACAAGUGUGUCAACUGUGAGCACUAAAUGUGAAAUUGCAAUAUUGCAAUGUCAACACACACAAACUAUACCUGGGCUGUGUUUCUUUUUUUAUAGGAAAAGAUAUUCAGGUCUUCCUAGUCUUCAGAAUAAGUGCUUUCUGUUUUCUGAACCUGCUGGACUGGCAUUAACAACACAAAAAGGAAUCCUCUUUUUGAAGUGGUGAUCUUUGCAUUAUGUACAUUUCUGUUGAAUCCUGAACUGCCAAAAUGAUGUUGUAUCCAAAUUCAGCAGGGACAAGUCCACUUACUGUAUUGAAAGAUCAAAUCAUUGGCGUUGUAAGAUAUGGAUGCUACCAUUUCAGAAAUUGGAAGUCCCCCGAUUGAGACAGGAGAGCUUAGUAAACAAUAACAUAAAGGAAGUAUUUUUCCUUGAAAAGAAGGGAUUUGUUGUAUGAACCUGCUCCUUCAGAUGGAUCUCAAAGGACGAUACCACAAAUCCUGAGAUUAAAGCACAAGCUUGCUGCAUUACAAAGAAGUGCUGAAGAGCUUUUUGUAUGUUAAUAUGGAAUUAAACAGAGUAUGCAUCUCUUUGUUGUGAUGUGACUUAUCCCCACAUUGCCAAUAUUUUUCUAGGAGGAAAUACAAACCUCUGUCUGACAUUAAGGCUCAAGUCUAGUUCAUAUUUUCGGGAGGAGUGCCCGGGCCUUUGCUGUCUCAGAAACCCCUUCAUCCCCUCACAGUUAGACUAGUGCAUCUCUUUUCUUUCUGGAGCAUGUCUGGGCUGAAAUGUGAUGCUGUUAUUCCUUGGCUUGGUGGCUGUCAGUUCGGGUCUGUCUUUGUCUGGUGAAAUGAUCAUGACUUCUGGCUUCUUGUUGGGUACGGGGCAUUAACAAACUCUGGUCUGUUUAUUAACGGUGCCUCUGGUUGUGUUGGAACAUUUUGUUUAUUUGUUUUUGCGAUGAUGAAGCUUUUCUUAAAGUUUAGUCGUCCAAUAACGCGUUCACCCCUGAGUUGCCCUGAAGUUGAAGGUGUUCAUGGUUCAGCUAUUGAAACCUGCUAAAAUACUUUUAAUAUUAUUUGACUGUUUUAUUGAUUGACAUUUUUAGCCAUGCUAGCAGCAUUAUCUCUGUUGAUGCCAGUGGUACUCUUCAAUUGGUCCAGACUGAAAUGUCUCAACAUCUAUUGGUUUAAAUUCAUGGUCCCCAGAGGAUGAAUGCUACUGGCUUUGUUUAUCCCCCUUAACUUUUACGUAGCACCACCAUGAGGUUGAGAUUUUGGAUGAAUUGGCAUAAAGUCUAUCACAGAUGUUUGUUGUGCCCAGUGGAUGUAUCCCAGGGAUUUUUGGUGAUUCUCUGAUAUUUCAGAUAUUGCCACCAGGUGGUCAGUUUUCAUUUAUUCUGUCAAAUAUCUUAACAUCCGUUGUGCAGAUGUUCAUGGAUGAAUCCUACUGACUUUGUUCAUCCUCUGACUUUUUCUCCCAUGCCAUCAUCAGGUUUAAUUUAUUCAAAACUUUAUGAACAUACCCGCAGAACUGACAUUCCCAUCAACCUCAGCUGGAUAAUUAUAUUGCUAAUUACUUGAUGUAAGCAUGCUAACAGGCUAAACUAAGAUGAUAAACAUGGUAAACAUUAUACCUGCGUGUUAGUAUUGUCGUAGUGAGCAUGUUAGCAUGCUGAUGUUAUCACUUAAUGUAGCCUAAAAGCUGCUAGCAUGGCUACAGACUUGUUUGAUACUUUAUGGGCAGGAUUCAAUUCUUAAAUAUUAAAAUAAUACAAGGAUUUUCUUAUUGUAGUGACAUCCUAUGAUAGCAAUGUGAAUGUGCACAUAAUUGAAGGGUUGAAUACGUUAUUGGGCGACUAUGAAAAAUGCUGUUACAGGUGUGUUUCUUCAUAUCAUAUGGAUUCUUCUAACUGAAUCAGCAUAUCUGACAUCAGCUGUACAAACUGCCUUCAUUCAGAAGAUCCCAGAAAAAUGAAUCAGAGGAAAAUCUCUGUAACGUUUCCACAUGUUUGGCCACAGUGUUGUCUGAUAAAUGUUUCUUGUCUCUAAAGAAGAGUUCAGCCGUUCGAACAUGGAAGGAAAAGAGUGGACAGAGAUGCAAGUCUAACAGAAAAUGCCAACUAACACUGUCCCCAUCUCCCUAUGAAAACCAUUUGUUUUGUGUUUUGUUCUUUGUCGGGUGGAUGUUGACUUCUUCUUUUCCAACAUGUUCACCUGUGUUCACUCAUGGAUAGAGCAGAGUAGUCAUCUAGUCUAUUCACUUGACGAAUUUUUCUUUGAAAGAGCCCGAACAUGUGUUCCAGACAAACUGGACCUUUCGCUCUGUACAGUAGGUACCUAGAGUGCCUUUCUUCAAACAGCAGAUAAUAUUUGUCUCUUGACUUGCACUGUGACUUGUAGAACCUUACUAACCCUCCAGAUGACCCUCCCACCCGACCCUCCUCUGGUCUGUCCCGUCCCACCAAGCUCCCCCAAACUCUGGAGCACAAACCCGGUCCCUUCACCUCAGGCUGCCAGUAGUCAAUGCAAGUUGAAAAUACAUUUCAUAUUAUGCCAUUUAGAUUGACCAGAUAGUGUUUUGUUGUUGUUUAAUAUAGGAGUUGCCUUAAAUGUCUUUUAUUUUCCUUUUAUGUGAUUCCACUUUUACAUUUGAAAAAAAUCACUGCAGACGCUGGCGAAGGUCGUUUGGUCGUCGUCACUCGAUGAAAUGCUCCAAAGAGGGAUUGUUGAUGAUGAGAUCUCACUCGGUGUGACAGCCACUUGUUUUGUGAUGCACUUUUGGUUUGACCAGUAUUAUUAUCAGUGUAAAAAUAGGAUCUGUCAGCAACACAUAUUGCAGUCAUGACUCUUGCUCUGGAUCUGAAUUUUAGAGGUAUCUCAGUCUCGUCUGGAUGCCAUUACUUUGACUCUGGAGCUCAUUGUGUUUUGUUCUGAGUCGUUCAUCGUUCCCUGUGUGCUGUGCUUCUUCUGUUGUCGGAGGAGGAAUGAGUUUGCUAAAUCAGGUCAUGUGAGCCGGAGCCUGUGUGCAUUUGGAACGAACAAACUAACCUGCACCCUGAUGAUGGGCGGACUUGGACCCAGUUAGCAACAUCUGUCCACUCAGUCCAGUGGAACGCAUGCCUUCUUAUGCAAAUUUUUAUACAAGAUUUGUCAAACCUUUUUAAUAUGCAUUUGCUUUUGUUUUUGAAGUUUUAUGUUAAACUCAAGUCACCUUUUUCUUUGGACAUUCUGGCAUGUUGAUGCCAAAAGUCUGCAGUUUAGGUGUUGAACAGCGCGGUAGCCAUCCACGUUUGAGCGGAAACAUUUCUUCCUGACAUUGUGUUUUAUGGACGGAGCUGAGAUGGUUUUAGCUCCUUCGUUUCGAUUUUAAUUUGAACUUGGCUAAUGCACCAUGCUGAAUGUUGGGAUCCCAGCAGAGCUGUUGGAGGGGUGGGGGGGGGGCUCGAUCAAGUCCUAAUGUCUAAAUUGUAUCACUGUCCUCUUCUAGAGUAAAGCCCUCGGUUUCUAUUUAGUCAAGCUCUAAAAAGUGAAUUUAUCCAAAGAACACUGCAGUUUGGAAGCCUUUUAUGUCGUCAAUGCAUAUCAUCUGGAAAUUCAUUUCUGCAUCAGCAUCGUGUGCAUUCACCAAGCUGGAACGUAUGUCUGCAGCUCAGAGCUGUCCAGUUUGUAUUUGAGGACGUCUUUUAUGCAUUACAAAGUUUCGUCUCCAGUUCCUCUGCGGCGGGUUGUUCUGGAAGCAUCCUGUAAAGUAGUUCACUUCGACUCGGGUCUUUUCAGUUUUUAGUUUUUAAACGAUCAAGUCAUGAUUGUGGCCUUCUAGUAUUUUGUCGAUACAUGACAUCAGUCCAUUGUUACUGCUCAUCAUCCAUCCUGUCUGGACCCAACUGUACACCUGAAGCUUCUUACCUCAUCCACAGCUAAUUCCAUUGGGGGUGUGUUGAGUGCAAAAAAAAUAAAAAAUGAAAAGUCUUUUUUUAUCUUCCAUUUGGUGAGAUGCAUUGUAGCGAUAUGAAUAAAGAAAAAGUUCACCUGGUGUGCUGAAUAAUGUGUAAAUUGGUAAUUACACAAUCUGAAUAUUUGUAUAAUUGUUUGUAUUUUUUCAUAAUGAUUUUGGAAAGGAAUGUGUUUAUUUUUUUGACUUCUGUUCCAGAUGUGUCUUCUGUUGGCCUGACAUUGUGACUGGUCUGGUGGGAUUCUUACCUCUGUAUUGAGCCUCUUCUGUGAUGAAUUCUUUGUAUGCAGUGUUUAGGAAAUACUGUAGGGAACAUGGGGAGGAGUUGAUAUUAGGAGCAUUUGAUCAAUUUGUAUUUAUUUAUUUUAUCAUUUUGUUAAUAAAUUGUGAAAAGCA